GCCUGCGCCGCCGCGGGGUGCUGCUAGUUGGUCCGCACGUGGAACCGCUCCUGGUCCUGUUGACCCGGGCCCCGCGGAAUCUCCAGCUGGGUCCGGUUCGGGACUGGGCGCCCGCCAUGGCGGCUACUGCGGCGGAAACGCGCAUAUUUCUGGAGGUGCGGAGACAGCUGCAGAGCGCGCUGCUGAUCUUGGGAGAACCGAAAGAAGGAGGUAUGCCCAUGGAUAUUUCCAUAAUGCCAUCUUCACUCCAGAUGAAAACCCCUGAAGGCUGCACAGAAAUCCAGCUUCCAGCAGAGGUCAGGCUUGUACCUUCCUCUUGCCGUGGGCUACAGUUUGUUACUGGAGAUGGACUGCACCUGCGGCUGCAGGCGCAAGCAGAAUUAGGCACAAAACUGAUUUCAAUGUUUAAUCAAAGCUCGCAAGCCCAAGAAUGUUGCACAUUUUAUUGCCAAUCCUGUGGUGAAGUCAUAAUAAAAGACAGGAAGCUCCUCAGGGUGCUCCCACUGCCGAGUGAGAACUGGGAAGCUCUAGUUGGAGAAUGGUGUUGUCAUCCUGACCCCUUUGCUAAUAAACCACUUCAUCCGCAAGAGAAUGACUGUUUUAUUGGAGACUCUUUCUUCUUGGUGAAUUUAAGAACCAGUUCGUGGCAGCCAAGACCUGAACUGUCCCCAGUGGAGAUGUGCUGUGUUUCUUCUGACAACCAUUGUAAAUUGGAACCAAAGGCAAAUACCAAAGUAAUUUGUAAGCGUUGCAAGGUAAUGUUGGGAGAGACCAUGUCAUCAGAAACCACCAAGUUUUACAUGACAGAGAUAAUCAUUCAGUCAUCUGAGAGGAGUUUCCCCAUCAUACCAAGGUCUCGGUUUGUCCAGAGCGUGAUCACCCAGUGUCUGGUGCAGCUCUCGUCUGCUAGAAGUACUUUUAGAUUCAGGAUUCAAGGUCAGGACGACAAAGUGUAUAUCUUGCUGUGGCUUUUAAAUUCAGACAGUUUGGUGAUUGAAUCAUUGAGAAAUUCUAAAUAUAUCAAAAAAUUUCCAUUGUUGGAAGACACAUUGAAAGCAGAUUCUAGUUCUGCCUGGAGUGCUAUCAAGGUCCUCUACCAGCCAUGCAUCAAAGGCAGGAAUGAAAAACUUGUCAGCUUGUGGGAAAGUGACAUCAGCGUCCACCCGCUAACCCUGCCCUCUGCAACCUGCUUGGAGCUGCUGUUGAUAUUAUCAAGGAGUAAUGCCAAUCUGCCUUCAUCCCUUCGCCAUAUGAAUUCCUUUCAGGUGGCCUUUUUGAAGAUGUAACUGUGAAGCUGGGCAUUCUCCUCCCCUGGCAGACAGCUCUCAAGCAGGAGCACACUGAGGCCAGCAGUCAGCUCAGGAGGCAUCAGUUACAAAGACAAGAUCCAGAGCUAUGAGAUAAGAGCAUUGCAUUGAAGUUUUAAGUUCACUUGUUUGCAUAUAUUCUCUAAGAGAGGAGUUAACUUUAGAUCUUUGAAAACCCAGGACUGUGAAGAAAGUCGUAGUAGCAGGUUGAGGCAAGUAUAGAAGUUACAUCUCUAUUUCCCACAGAGAGGAAUAUUCACAUAUGUGCUGUGUCAGCACCACCUGGAAGGUUAUUAGCUAAUGGAGACCCAUCUGUCCUGUGUGGAAUCCAGUGAGGAAUUUUAUUGGUGGAACUGAAUGUUAACUGCUAUAGAUCCUAGGAGAUAAACUUUUAAAGAGUUUCUUAGGAUCAUUUAAAACAAAUUUUAAAAAAGAAAAAUAGAAAACAUUUAAUACUUUAUUCAGAGGAGAUGCUCAGUAGAUGUUUGUUGAAUGAAUGAUUAUCAAAUCAAAGGAUUUCCCAUUUAUGCAAA